UUCUCCGUAAUCAUCCGCCCUCCAUUUCUAUACACACUCUCUCUACCUCCCCCCUCCUCUCUCUCUCUCUCUCUCUCUCUCUCUCAUCAGGUUGAUCGCCGGAACCAUCAACUUCCGAUCAAGUCGCCGGCAUUCCGGCGAUCCGACUCAGAUGAUAUUGAAUUCGGAUCCACCAACAACCACUCAGCGUUUCCUAUUUCCUAAGACGGUACAUUUCUUCGCAUCCUCACGCCCCUUUUCGAUUUCAAUUUCGUUUUCCGACGCCGAUAUCGCCGAUUGAAUAGAACCACUCGGGGAUUUUAUUGGAUUGUGGAGAAUUUAGGGCUCUCGUUCCAUGCAUGCUGAAUCAAAUCAUCGCCAAUCGCCGAUUAUUCCCUCCACAUCGCCAGAGCUGCUUCCCGAUUCCCAAAUCGAUCGCCGUCCGCAAUUCUAGGGUUUAGGAUUCGUCGCUGCAUUGGGAAAUUAUGUUUAAGAAGAUCAUCAAGGGAAACAAGAAGCCCUCGAAAUCCGAGACUCAUGAUCCUUCUUCGUACGGGUACGGGCCGCCCGGAACCCGCAAUUCCGGGGCGGUCUCGGCGAAUGUGGUCGUGAACCACGCCUCCCGGACUGGGCCAGCUGCUUCUGGGCCCAACGCGGGUGGCGUGGGUGUUACGGCGUUGCCGCCUUCCGGAACCAUCGAGCCUCUCCCCAUGUUCCGUGAUGUGCCCGUCUCGGAGCGCCAGCACCUGUUCCUCCGCAAAUUGCAGGUUUGUUGCUUUCAAUUCGAUUUUUCUGAUACCCUUAAGACCCCUAGGGAGAAAGAAAUUAAGCGUCAAACCCUUUUGGAAUUGGUUGAUUUUAUACAAUCUGGGUCGGGUAAGAUCACCGAGACUUGUCAGGAGGAGAUGAUUAAAAUGGUGUCUGUUAAUAUAUUUCGGUGCUUGCCCCCUGCAUCCCACGAAAACUCGGGCCAAGAGAAUACCGAUCCUGAAGAGGAGGAGCUUUAUUUGGAGCCAUCCUGGCCUCAUUUGCAGUUGGUUUAUGAGCUUCUUCUUAGGUACAUUGUGUCAUCUGAUACCGAUACCAAGGUUGCCAAGCGUUAUAUUGAUCACUCAUUUGUGUUGAAGUUACUUGAUUUGUUUGAUUCUGAGGACCCGCGUGAGCGCGAGUACUUGAAGAACAUUCUUCACCGCAUAUAUGGGAAGUUCAUGGUGCACCGACCCUUCAUCAGGAAAGCCAUCAAUAACAUAUUCUAUAGGUUUAUAUAUGAGACCGAGAGGCACAGUGGCAUUGCUGAGCUUUUAGAGAUUCUUGGGAGUAUAAUUAAUGGGUUUGCACUUCCAAUGAAAGAGGAGCAUAAGUUGUUUCUUGUUCGGGCACUUAUACCGCUGCAUAAGCCGAAGUCAAUUGGUAUGUAUCAUCAGCAGCUUUCCUACUGCAUAAUCCAGUUUGUUGAAAAGGAUUACAAGUUGGCAGAUACGGUUGUAAGGGGUUUGUUGAAAUACUGGCCAGUGACCAACUGUCAGAAGGAAGUUCUUUUCCUUGGAGAACUUGAAGAAGUUCUGGAGGCAACGCAAGCUGCCGAGUUUCAGCGGUGCAUGGUUCCACUUUUCAGACAGAUUGCCCGCUGCCUCAACAGCUCUCAUUUUCAGGUUGCGGAACGGGCACUCUUCUUAUGGAAUAAUGAACACAUUGUGAAUUUAAUUGCUCAGAACCGGAAGGUCAUACUACCAAUUAUUUUUGAGGCAUUGGAGAUGAAUAUCCAAAACCACUGGAACCAAGCCGUUCACGGGCUGACUGUCAAUGUGCGGAAAAUGUUUUUGGAAAUGGAUGCUGAGUUGUUUGACGAGUGCCAGAGGCAGCUUUCAGAGAGAGAAGUGAGGGCAAGAGAGGUAGAAGAAGAGCGAGAGUUGACAUGGAAAAAACUGUCUGACGCGGCGGCACAGAGAGGGGAAGAGGAUAUGGUUACGACCUGAACAAGCAAGCAGGGUUUCGUGUACCCGCACUGGGAAAUGACCUGAACAAGCAAGCAGGGUUUCGUGUACCCGCACUGGGAAAUGAAGGGAUGGAUUGAAUAUAAAUCCGGUCCUCUCAAUUUGGUGGUAUUCUUUCUCAAUAUAUUUUUUUGUCUUUUAAUUUUUUGAUCCCGGUUCGAAUCAUUGAAGAUAUCAGAAGCAGUGAUAAAAUGUAAUUUAAGAUGUACGGAAUUUGUUAGCAAUAUGCUGCAGAUUAAGAAUGAUUUGUGAAAUAUAUAUUUUCUACUUUCCCUCC